AUGUGUGUGAAUGAAGAUGUGUGUUGCAGAUCUGUAAAUUACAGGAAAAACUCUCUUUACGACGAGAAGGAAAACUGUGAGUUACUUCAUGUUACAUCUGCUGAGGAGCCUGGACAUUUAGAAGUGGACAUCGACUAUGAUCAUUACGUAUUACUCCAUCCAAACAGAGUAAGUGAAGGUUACGCAUUUAUAGGAUACAUGCCCAGAGUUAAAUUACCUCAUGGCGAACGCUGCAAUGCGCCUGCAAUGCUGAAAAAGUAUACGCAAUUGUUGCCAAAAGUAUAACUGUCUCCAAUCUGCGCAACAUUUGAUCGGUAACUUGUCUCGCAAUAAUUUUGACAUGCAAAGCUAUCGGUUACGACGAAAUCGUCCACGCGAGUUGUUCACAACGCCAUAAAACAUAACAUAUCAAAGUAUCAAACUUAUCGUCCAUAGUUGCGAGACCUGGCUUGGUCUCCUUCAACGCGCAUGAUCUAGAUCGAGGGCUGGAUAUAUUGCGCAAAAGACUCAAAAUUCACGUUCUAGGAUUGGUUGUAUUGGACGCUUUUAGAAGUGAACAAUAUUUAGUUUGAAAUUUAACCAAAGAUAUUCGAGCAAUAAGACAGAACUUACUAUAGUAUAGUAUAGUAUAGUAUAGUAUAGUAUAGUAUAGUAUAGUAUAGUAUAGUAUAGUAUAGUAUAGUAUAGUAUAGUAUGGUAUGGUAUGGUAUGGUAUGGCAUGGCAUGGCAUGGCAUGGCAUGGCAUGGCAUGGCAUGGCAUGGCAUGGCAUGGCAUGGCAUGGCAUGGCAUGGCAUGGCAUGGCAUGGCAUGGCAUGGCAUGGUAUAGUAUAGUAUAGUAUAGUAUAGUAUAGUAUAGUAUAAAUUGAACUGAAAAAUUGGUGAUUAUAUUAAAGUAGUUAAGAGUUUCAAAGGGGAAAAUAGAGUGAAUAUGGACACCUAUCAUUGAACACCUUAUUUGACUGGGACUGAGCGAAACAGUAUGUUUUUUAAGCAUGCAUGAGACUGGGUCUCGGCAGUGAUAUUUGCAGGCGGGGUUGCCAAAAACAAAUUGUGUGCCAAAUAACCAGAAAAGACAUAGAAACAUCGACAAGUUUUGGUUUACAACACGACAAUUUUAUAACUCACCUGCAAAAAAAGUAAUAUCUACUGAUGAGAAGAUCUGUUGCGAAAAUCAGCCGAAUUUCAUGACUGUCCGGUGAUACGCUCUUGUGCCAUGCAAUGUAAUGCAAUGCGAUGCGACGCAAUGCAAAGCAAAGCAAAGCAACGCAACGCAAUGCAAUGCAAGAAAACAUAAACGUUGAUACUUGGUAUUCAAUAAGUACAUCAUCCUUUGAUUUUUCAACAAAUAUUAAAAAUAUGUUCAUGCGACGUUAUAAUUGAAAUGAAAUACAGUAUCAAAAGACUCGCCUUUUUUUCGAAGCGUCGAAAUUUUUAAUCUUCACUAUAUUUCACGAUUUUUACCAGGGAACCGGGAAUCGAUUUACUACUUCUCGGUAUUUCGGAUAAAAUGAUCUACUUUAGUAUUUUUUCGGGGAUCGAGAACCAAUAGAAGAUCACGACAGUCCCUUGUAAUACUGUAUAAUUUAUUAAAAUAUAGUUAAAUUUUCACACAGGAUUCAACAAAGCUCAACUGUCCUGAUUUGGCAUGCUUAAAUGGCGGAAGAUGUGUUGGUGGAUGUGGAAAUAAAACAUCGUUUUGUAAUUGUUCUCGCUCUUAUACAGGGAAAUAUUGUAAUAAAACGUGUAAGUAAAUAAAACAUACGGGUUAUUUAUCCGCCAUCGUUAGCUAUGCAGCAACCCUCGCCUAUAUUUUCCAAUCAUCAUUGACUUAAUAAGAAGUAUUCGUAAUUGGCCAAAACACUGAACAGCGGCUGGCCUUUUGGCGUCAGGUGUUUUCAUGACAACGCGAUAUUUUUAAAUAUUUAUUUUGCUUAAUUUUGCAAAACGGAAAAAUAGUUCAAACAAAGACUAGCACUUUUCUCCAUGCAACAAUGAAUUUUCGAAAUACUGUAUAUACUGUAGGUAUGUUAUUUUAUAUUUUGUUCGCUUUGAUUUAAUUACGUAAAACUUAAUAUGAAACGCUCUUUAUAGUUCCACGCUAGUCAUAUUCAGCAAAUUUUCUCCCAGUACCUUAGGCUCGCAUUUUCAGCCAGUUUGGGUGAAAAAUUGAAACAUUUUUAUUUUUCAAAGAACUGGGCACUUUCUGUAAGAUGUCCGCUGACAACACGAGCCCGCACGAGUUGGAGAAAUUUUGGUAAAUUUGACCAACAUGUUGCUUUGGAAUGUUCAUUCAACAUGCUUUUUCGACAAACUUAUUUGCUUCUGCUUAAUGAAAUUGUUGGGCAUUUUCACUUCGGUCUUCGUGAGUUUAUGAACAUUAAACAUUCAAAGCAACCUUGCCCUAUAUUUUACGAUUAUUUAAAACAUAGUAUCUAUUUAGAAUUAAUUUUCUCAGGAAAUGGCUGAGAAAUUUUGUAAAAUGAAAUAUAAUUAAAACUAUAUCGUUCGAAGUAAAGUUGUAAUCACACUUUUCGCUUUACAAAUUUCGAAAACACAAUAUAGCGGUCAAAAUACCAUACAGCACAAUAAAAACAUGACAUCAUAUCAAAAGGAAUAGCAUCGUACAAAUUGAGAAAUUUAUAGCCCGAAUACAAAACAAAAUGGAUUUAAAAGAAUAUCACGGCAAGGUAUUUUCCAAACAGUCGAUAUUUUUGCUAUUAAUUGUUUGAAGUGAAUGUUUCGUAGUUUUAAAUAAUUGUCCGUGAAUAUGUUUGACACAGUAAAAUAAUAAAGGAAUCCUACCUUUCAAGUUAAAUACAAUAUUUUUGAACUUCUUUCGUUUACUGUGGACGAUUUUUUCAAUAUUUUUCAAUAAUUUGCCGAAUUAUUCAUUUUGAAAAGCAUUAUUUAGUAGUCUGCUGGUAAAAGUGCGUCAGGUUUACCAGCCAAUCAGAACGCGACAAAGUUAAUUUGAUAUGCAAAGGUUAUGCUAAUGUUUAAUAUUUUUUGGAUUAUUUCGUUCUUAAAUUUUGUAGCGGUUAAGUAUUCUGUACAAAUAUUCAAAAUAUAUAGACCAUUGAUGCAGUGAUUUGGCCGCAUGUGGUUUAUCAUUGUACAAAUUAUAUUUGCACAGACAAAGCAUAUAAACACACAACUUAGGUAGGCAAGCGAUCCCAGGUACUCGUCUUUGUUUAUAAUUUAUCCAGUGUUCCAUAAAUAAUUGCCCAAUAGCUCAAGCAAUGGAAAACAAGAACCCUGUCAGGAGGCAUGUCAGCUUAUUCCCAUAUAAAAUUAAAUUAAAAUGUAUUAAGAGCUAAAUAUACCAUGUAUUAGGAGCUAGAUUGAACAAAUGAUCUUAAUUCAUGUAAACUCUCCCUAAGUCUGUAAGAUCUUUAACCAAUGUUGCAUCAUUAAUCAUUAUUAGAAAUAUCAUUCAUUAAUCUGCAACUGCAUUGCUCUGUAUUACACAGAGAACCAGAUACAAGUCUAGAUCCACUGAUGGUUACUUUUCACCCACACUAUAGUUUUAUUUUAGUUUUAGAAAUGUCCAAAGAAAAAUCCCAAUUUCAUUAUAGCAACAAUAAGCUAAAUAUAGUUACAACCACUAGAAAUAUAAGACUGUUAAUUAGCAUUAACCAAUCAAAACAUUACUGUUCAUCAGUUAAAUAUGGCAUAAAUACUCUUGCUAAAAAUAACCAAUCAGAGCUACAACCAUAACGGCAGUUGUAAAAUACAAACUUUUAAUAACAUGUGUGUCAGGUUUUCAUUUUUCUUCGCCCGCCAGCUUCACGAAAAAGGAAGGUCUGAGCACAGGCUAUAAUCCCAUGUAGACAGAAAGGAAAUUUGCUUUAGUAAAGCAAGGUAUCAAAGGUAGAUAUUUGGGGCAGGUUUGCUUCCACGCAAGCAAACCUUUAUAAAAAUGUUGAACUACCUUAUCCAACUCCCCUUCUCCACCACUGACAUCUUCCUGGUCUCUUAUUAUAGAGCAUUGAACAACAACAGUAACAGACACAAACUGUAUAAUUACUUUGUUAUUAGAUACAAAUCUACAUUAACUGUGGAGACCAUUUUCCACUUUAUACACUCCUUGAACUAAACAAUGUACUACACUGUAAAAAUAUGGAGAAAUUUGAUGCACUUGCAUACUUUUAAUAGAUCCCUUCCAUUUUUGCUUAUUAGAUGCAUUUCAAUCCUUGGAAAUAAAUGCUUUGACUGUAAAUUAUUUGUUUUGCGUCAAUUUCGAUGGAUUUCUCUUCGCAAAGGAUCGGAAAAAAACAUUCAUUUGUCUAAUUUGCAUAUCCUUGCCGCCAUGACUUGAAUCGAAUGCCUCGUCACGUCACAGUAGAUUUGAUUUUGCAACAGACAAUUCCAGCUAUCGACUAAUUCUCUAUCUAUAGACAAUUAGUAUAAACCUACUAGUAGGCUAUCAUAUAUCGUGCGUUCUGAUUGGCUACGCUACUAGUAGGCUAUUAGUGAUAGCCUACUAGUAGCAACAAGCGGCGAAGGGCGCGAGAGUCAAUGGCCGUUUUUAAGUAUUAAAAGCUGCAUUUAAAGGGAAAAAGCUUAUCAAAAUGGCCUAGUUUUGGUUCUGGAUUACACACAAACAAAGACUCUUGGAAACUGCUGACACAUGCGGUAAAAUUUUUAAGUUUUCUCAACUUUGCUCGUAGUUUUGAACAUGAAAGUGACAGGCGAAUUUUUAAAAUAUAUGCACAAUGUUUGUUAAUAUUCCAAGCAGAACUGUUGAAAUUCAAGAAUACUUUAAGCUAUUUACCCCUGUUUUCUCAACCUCUUUAGUGUGUGCCUACCUACCGUGACGUAGGUGAUACAUUUGCUUCUACUGUGACGACAAGGGUAGGGCAAAAAAUAAAGUAUUUUGUCGCGAAAUUUUUGACGCUUAAAUGUCGUAAAUAACAGAAAAUACACAAUUGGGAUUGCACAUUUGGACUUAAUUUAACAAUUUCGACUGUUAAAGAGAUUAUUUAAAUUCGAUUUCAUCCUGAAUAGUGUAUACCUGACAUGCAAUCAAUUUUAACCAAAUAUUUGCGGUGUAAUAGUAAUCAUAGUAGAAAUUAUAAUUAUAGUGCUUGACUAUUGGCUCAAACUGGAUUUUUCGCUUGCAGAAUCUCCAAUUCGAAAAGUAUUUUCGAAAUUCUUGGUUACAUAACGAUAAAGAGGUGAAGAAAUUUGUUGUUUAGGUAUACUAUUUCUUCACUUAGUUCACCAUUUUUAAAAACUUUUAAUCGGAAUAAUUAAAAAUGCUUUUUAAUCGGAAUUAAAAUAUUUGACCGGAUUAUAUGUCAAUCCAUGCAACAAGAUAUAUAUAAUGUGGGUUUAAGUCAUUAUUAUUAUAUAUUAUUCCUUACAAUUAUUAAUGUUUGUGCUUUCAGGUGUUGACGCCUUACGUUUCCGUGGUAACAAUAUCGAGGAGUUCGGUAUUUUUAAUGGAGCUUCAGAGUCGCUGACUUCCCUUGCUGCAUGUUUGUGGAUGAACACAACUGAAGAUUCAGAUCAAAAACUGUUAUCGUAUGCAUACAGAGAUGUUACCAACGGGUUGGUGAUCUGGUUAAAACCGAAUUUGAUUAUAAUUUUUAAUCCUGAGUCGGGCAACAGUGUAGUAAAAAGGUAUAAAAUAUGCUUUAUUUACUAGAAAAACAUACAUCCAACAUUCAUCUAACUUGAACUAUUAGUAAUUGUCUACAUAGAGUCCAGGCACGCUUUGCGUUUUAAGUGUCGUCAUUGCAAUACAAUAUUUUUAAUUUUUUUUUAAAAAACCGCAAAAAUUUGGUAGUUAAUAGAUUUAUAUUAGUUAAUAGAAUAUAUAUAUAUAUAUAUAUAUAUAUAUAUAUAUAUAUAUAUAUAUAUAUAUAUAUAUAUAUAUAUAUAUAUAUAUAUAUAUAUAUAUAUAUAUAUAUAUAUAUAUAUAUAUAUAUAUAUAUAUAUAUAUAUAUAUAUAUGUACUAUUUAAAGCACGCGUAGGAGUGUUUUAUAUAUAUGUGAUAAAACACGACUACAAAUGCUUAAAUGGCUUAAAAAACGACUCAUCUUAUACGAGUUCAUUGGCGAAGUAAUUUUUAAAAUAAACUUUGUCUAAACCGAGAAAAUCAAAGCUAAAGUUUAUGUAAAUUAACAUUAUAUAUAUAUAUAUAUAUAUAUAUAUAUAUAUAUAUAUAUAUAUAUAUAUAUAUAUAUAUAUAUAUAUAUAUAUAUAUAUACACAUAUAUAUAUAUAUAUAUAUAUAUAUAUAUAUAUAUAUAUAUAUAUAUAUAUAUAUAUAUAUAUAUAUAUAUAUACCGGGUGGCGCAAAAAAAAGUUCACGCGUUUGAUUUAGUACAGCGAAAAAACUAUAAGUGUUACAUCGCUGAAAUAAACGUAGCUGUAUUCAUAAAAGUCUAACUUAAAUUUUGAGCUAUAGCAUGUUUAUUUACGUGCAAUAUUGACUGGGAUAUCGCCAAAUAAAAUUUGGAACGAAGUUUUGAAAAUCAGACAAAUUGGCUAAAAAUGGCCUAUUAAACUGUUUUGAUAAAUUUUAGAAUUUCGUCAGACAUAUUCGCUUGUAUGAAUUUAAUUUGAAUUGAAACGUGUAACGAAUGAUUUUCCUUAUUUAUUUAUUUGUUUUAUUAUCAUUUGAAAAGCAACAAAAUUUCGAAAAAGAUGGCUCUUUUAAUUAAGAAUUGCUUCGCAGUAUUCCAUGUCCCAUAGCCAUAGGGAAUUAAGUUAGAUCAACAACCAAACAAUUUGAGACAGAUUGUCAUAACUUUGAUCAGCAAAUAAAUCCAACGUUCGUUCGAUAGUAUGGUCACACGUGCAAGAAUAUAGUUAUUUAAUUUUCCAUGAUAAACGCGUUAUUUACUGGCAAUACUGCCGUUGUGUUCUUCAUCUUGUUUCCUAUCCUUGAAGCCGAAAUUAAGAUUUAAGAAUUCCAGAAGAAAUAUCAACGGUUUUGAAGUAUAUGAUUGUUAUUUGUUAUAAAGACAGACUCAUAUUUGUUGUAAAGACAGCUUCAUAGUUAAGACUCGACUCGAUAUGUCAGCGAAUUUAAGACUAUCCUGGGCUGGCGACUUUGAUCGUUUGAAGGAGUUUGUAAAGAGUGACCUAGAGUUGCAGGGAAGCUGGUCAUCCCCGGCGAACGAGAAAAAACUUUUCGUGUCAGACAACGUUGAGUUGCUUUGGUGGAAAAACAAAAAGUUCCUAAAGAUCAAUGGAGAGGAUGCAAAUCGAAUCAAACGUUGUAUGAUCAACGCUAUGUUUACGAGUUUAAACCUCGAUAGUAUUAAGUCUGGUGUGGACAUGGCUACUAACACCGAGAACUCCUUAAACGAAAACCAACCAACAAAACACCAGUGUACGGGUUGUGAAUGUUCGAAGCUAUCACCAGACUUGGAGGGUUUGAAAUUAGACUUGGUUGUUUUGGAAUCGAAACUCAACCAUAAAAUCCAAGCUGUGGAAAACCAAAUAUUACGCAUGAACGAUUGCCGACCAAAAGAGCCGAAAAAUCAUGCAAAUCUCGAAAAUAUGUUGACAACCUCUACACCCAUUAGCAGCGGCGGCACGAACAAAACAAAAGAG